UAGAAUAUCAGGCACCUCUAAGGCUCUCACCGGAAUUGUUCAUCGAUUCCGGCGUGUUUACAUGAGAAGAAAAACCAUUUCUUGUUCAGGCGGCGAUAUCAUUUGAAACAUACAUAAGAGGUUUUGCAGAAGUAACAUGGCACAAGCUGAACAAGUUUCGGACAACGGAGUUGAUCAGGUGCUGGAAGACAGAGGAGAGAUAGAGAAUGAAGAACAUACGACAUCAGAAUUGCCAGACGCAGAGUCCACAGCUGAGUUGAAUCUCGUCGUUGUGUUUCUUUCGUUACUUUCCUCUAAAGAGCCAGAAGAAAGCUCAACUCUUGCAAAGAAUGAAGAAGAAAGACAUAGAGCUAAAGCUAGCAUCAAGAAACUACAGAAGAGCAGACGGGAGAUAGACGAGGCCAAGCCAGUUCGGAGACAAACGACUGAGAGGUUCAAAACAACAGUAAGGGAUUCAAGGCACGGCCGGAGAUUGUGAGGAACAAUUGCAUUCAAGGAAGAAUGAAUUGCAGGAUUGCAAAAGCUGUUAUACGAAAGCUUUGAAUUCCUCUAUACCUAAAUAUACCAUUUUCCACCCUUCAAUGUUUUGGUGAUGAUCAAUCAAAGAAACAAACACAUGUACAUCCUUCAAAUCUCUCAAACA